GUAUAUUAUCUCCCGACUGAAAUGUCCCCUCUCCAGAAAGACAUGUCCGAGGCAGUGGUCCACUUUUUCUCAUCUGCCCUAUUGACUGAACUUUUGCCGCAGAGAGACCGCUCAAAUAUUAACAGUCUCCUACUGGCUCCAGGCGAUACAGUGAACCGAGGAUAUGGACUGGACUCCCAUACACGAGAGAAAACUAUUUCUCUUAUAUAUAACCAGCUUUUGACCAUCUGCAUGCACCCCUCGCUAGUGGUCGACCAUUUCAUCUCGAAGGGCUUGUUGCUUCUGUCUACGAAAUCCAGACUCUCCAGUCUCUCGGGGAAGAUCAUGCUUUUUGAUCGAAUGGUUGAUCUCAUUUCAGAAAAGUACGAGCUCCAGUCACCAGCUACAGACUACAACUUAUUAGUGGUUGCGAAAAGCAUCAAAGAGUUAGAAUUGAUUGAGGGAUCCAUUAUCGGGAAAAAACUACGCUACCGCAAUGUGAAUAGUGGAAAAUGUCUCUACGAAGAAAACUCCAAGCCCGCAAGACCCGAAAAGGACGAACUCCCCGACGAUGAACAGACCACCGAAUAUAAGCACCGCCACCAACAUUUUACUGCUCGACAUGCGGGAAGUAGCAGAGCCCUUCCGAAAGAGUUUGUUCUUCAUUUGAUCACAAGCAACUAUCUUUGCCUGUCUUUUACUUCCGAUACAUCGUAUAAUUUGAUUGUAUCGUUUGACUCUGAUCUCGAUGUGUCAAGCCCGGGAAUCGAGUUAUUGCGGUCGACUGCGAAGCCCGAGUCUGAUGUAAACGGCUCAGCACAAUCACAAAUUCCAAUACUCAUUCCGACACCUGUGUUUUCCGUGGAACACCUCUCGAAAGUUGUCCCAAAGCCUGAGAUCGAGUUGGGCAGUCUAUCAACAGAUACUGACUCACAAUGGCGCUGUCACAUCAUCAGGUCCUUUGUUGCGAAUAGGCACUUCAUUUUCGAAGAUUGCCCUGAAAAUAUUUAUAGCAUCAACUACGGAAAAACAUUGGGUUCUUUGGAUGACCUACUCUUCAGAUGGCAGGAAAAUGAACCCACUUCUGCCUACAAAUGGUUGCUGAAGUACUCCAAAAAAUUGGAAACAGAGACUUCCAGCUUAGAGCUCAAAGCGAGACUUGACAAGAAUCAUCUUUCGGCUCUCAACAAUAUCUUUGGUGGAAAUUCAGAUGCAUGGGGCAGCAGCAGUCAAUUGAAACUAGAGGAUGCUGACAUCAAAACGUACGAUGGUUUCAAGAAACAAAUGGCCCGUUUCUUAAAUACACGGUUAGCUCAAACCGAAAAACUCAAAACCGAAGCAAUUUUACGCAUCAUUCCUCAAUUAAGAGAGCAAGAGACCCAAAGACAGAAUGAAAUCGAUAUUGAUGAGGAGCACGUCGGGGAAAACUACAGGAAGCUCCGCAAGCUUAACGAUGAAAUGAUUGCGGUGGACCGCAGAUUCAAUCGAGUCGAAAAUGAAAAUCAAAAAUUGCAAGAGUCUGUGACAGAAGCCCAACAAAUGCUUGAGCACUUACAGGAUAUUUUACAGAACAGAAGUGAUGAUGAAAUCAACAAAGUUAUGACCGAGCAAAAAUCUUUGUUAGAGCAAUUAGAAAAAGAAAAGUGCACCCUUUCGAGCGAGAGCCAAACGCUUGUGAAUGAAAUCGAUGUUUGUCGUGAAGAGUACCAGGAAAAAUCUACACUGGCAAUUUUAGUUACCGAGAGGCUUCAAAAGUUGAAAGAGAAACAUGCUCUGCAUCGAAGCAAAGCCGAAGGCCCGGGAAUGCUCAUACUCCCUUCACUUUCUAGGAAAGAUGAAAUAGAAAAUCAUGAGCUUCAUCUUCGGAGACUCACUGAAGAAAAUGCUUUUAUUAAUGAGCUUUUCACUCUGCGAUUCGACAAGUUGGUCAAGGAACGGAACUUGAUGGUAGAUACAACCGCACCAGUUUCUGGAAGCCGACAGACUCAUCGCAUAAGUAGAGCUCCUACUCCGCUAUAG